UUUGAUUUUCUACGCAUGCGUUACAUAUUCUCUGCCGACCACAGCUAACCACCUCCUCUGCUUUUUCAUUUCUUUCCACAAAUACAUACGCAUAUAGCAUUCAUAGCUACAAUAUAAUAUACACUCAGCAGAUUUGAUCGAACUCGAUCUGAAGUUUUGGAAGAUCAAGAUUCAAGAUGCAGAGAGCAACACUGAUUCAGAGGUUUUCUAACACCUUCCGCGCCAAUUCUAAGCUUUCUAAGCUGCUCAUUGUUGUUACUGUCAGUGGUGGAAGUCUUGUGGCAUACUCUGAAGCAACAAAGCCAUAUCACAUUGGUGAUGAUGUCAAUGGCAAGAGAAAGAAAGUGGUGGUACUUGGAACUGGUUGGGCUGCAACUAGUUUCUUGAAAAAUCUGAAGGAUCCUUCAUAUGAUGUCCAGGUGAUAUCACCCAGAAAUUACUUUGCAUUUACUCCUUUGCUGCCAAGUGUAACAUCUGGCACAGUUGAAGGCCGCAGCAUUGUUGAACCAAUUCGAAACAUUAUCAGAGGGAAAAAUGUGAAUAUGCAUUACUCUGAAGCUGAAUGUGUCAAGAUUGAUGCAAAAAACAAAAAAGUUUAUUGUCGAACUAAUCUGAACACUGAAGAGAAGGAAGAAUUUGCUGUUGAUUAUGAUUACCUUGUGGUUGGUGUUGGAGCUCGUGUGAAUACAUUCAACAUUCCCGGUGUAGUAGAGAAUACCUAUUUCUUGAAGGAAGUGGAAGAUGCCCAGAGAAUCCGAAGGUCUGUUAUAGACUGUUUUGAGAAAGCCAGUCUACCUAACCUCAGUGAUGAAGAGAAGAAAAGAAUGCUUCAUUUUGUUAUUGUUGGUGGCGGCCCAACUGGUGUGGAAUUUGCAGCACAGCUCCAUGAUUUUGUCAGUGAUGAAGUAGUUAGAUUAUACCCAAAGGCCAAGGAUUUCGUGAAGAUAACACUGGUUGAAGCAACAGAUCAUGUAUUGAAUAUGUUUGACAAAAGAAUCACAGCUUUUGCUGAAGAGAAGUUCAAGAGAGAUGGAAUUGAUGUGAAGACAGGGUCAAUGGUUGUGAAGGUAUCAGAUAGCGAAAUUUCUACUAAAGAUGCAAAACGCGGGGAGGUAACCUCUACACCUUAUGGAAUGGUUGUAUGGUCUACUGGCAUUGGGAUUCGACCUGUGAUAAUGGAUUUUAUGAAGGAGAUUGGUCAGGGCAAUAGACGUGUUCUUGCAACAGAUGAAUGGCUAAGGGUUGAAGGAUGUGACAAUGUAUAUGCAAUAGGGGACACUGCCACUAUCAAUCGACGCAAAGUUAUGGAGGAUAUUGCGGCUAUAUUUCGUAAGGCAGAUAAGGAUAGCUCUGGAACAUUAACAGUUAAAGAUUUCCAAGAAGUCCUUGCUGAUGUGUGUGAAAGAUAUCCUCAAAUGGAGCUAUACUUGAAGAGCAAACAGAUGAGAAGUCUGGUUGAUUUGGUGAAAGAAGGAAAAGGGGAUGAUGUUAAAGAACCUGUUGAGGUUGAUAUUGAAGAGUUCAAAUCAGCUCUCUCCAAAGUGGAUUCUCAGAUGAAGAAUCUUCCUGCCACGGCUCAGGUUGCAUCUCAGCAAGGCGUUUAUCUUGCAAAUUGCUUUAACCGCAUGGAAGAGUGCGAAAAGAAUCCAGAGGGUCCAAUCCGGUUUAGGGCAGAAGGGCGCCACCGCUUCCAUCCCUUUAGAUACAAACACUUUGGACAAUUUGCACCUCUGGGAGGAGAGCAAACAGCAGCACAGCUUCCUGGAGACUGGGUUUCAAUCGGCUAUGGAACACAAUGGCUUUGGUAUUCUGUCUAUGCCAGCAAGCAAGUUAGCUGGCGUACAAGAGCAUUGGUGGUGUCUGACUGGAUGAGAAGAUUCAUUUUUGGGAGAGACUCUAGCCAACUCUGAGUGAGCUCUUAUACACACAUCUUAUGGACUCUAAUGAGAGUUUAUUGAGGCAUUCUUUCACUUACUAAAACUCAGAAAUUCUUUACUGUUAUUUUUCCACAUUCAAUUCUUUCAAGAAACUCGAAUUUGCAGCUGAUUAGCUCUGUCAAGAACACCUUUGGUUUCCAGUUUUGAGUUUUCAAUCAAUAAUCAGGAAACAGGGAAAUUACUUUUUGUUGUCUUUCUAUGCAGAAUGUUAACUACUUACUG